AUGGAGGACCAAUUUGGCGGCCGUACGGACGAUGACCUCUUCUACGACGACUUUGAGCCCGUCGACAAUGCCCCCCUUGUUGCAAACGAAAACCGCCAGCCCCAUGCGCCCGUGCCAGAUGUAGUUCCCACUGCGUCGACGGCAGCAGGAAAAGCAGUAGAGAGAGCACCAGUUGUCGCUCCCUCUCCGCACCAAGGACCAACGAUGGCGCCAACAUCUACCCCCGUCCAACCAUCAAAAAGAUCCCUUGCUUCGUCCCGCUUCGCCGAUAAACCCGCGGCGACGACGCCGGUCGCCACUGCCACUGAACCCGCCAUCAACGAAAGCACAGCUACCGACGAUUCCCCAGGAAAACAUAUCUCCCCGACGGCAUCAGCGUCCCCGCCCCCCCGCGCCUCGUCCCAAAACACGGCUGCCAGCGCCGAGGCGCGCCUUAAAUCAGGCGCCAACCCACGGCAAAAGCUCUCUGACAAUGAGCUUGCCGACAAGAUGGAGAGGAUGAAGCGCCUCGCCGCUGAAAAGACGCGCAAGUUCCAAAUGGCCGAAAAGGACGAGCGCCAACACGCCGAGGCCUAUGCCCGCGGCAUGGAGGAGGCCCGCCGCCGCCGAGCCGAGGAUGCCGAGCGCCGCCGUCGCGCCGACGACGACCGACGCAAGCUCGACGACGAGCGUGCCCGCAACCACGAGAGGAAGCUCAAGGCCAUGAGCAUUAAGGAGGGCGGCUGGGAUGAGGGCAAGGAGGCAGCAGAACAAGAGGCUCGCAAGGGAUUUAGAGGCGCCAACGGCGGCGUCAGGGGUUCCAAGAGCAGCGGCCUCUCCGGGAGCAGGUUUGCGCGGGACCCUGCUGACCGGCCCGACGUGGAUCGCUUCCUCGAUGAACGGCACAGCUCCCGCGGACGCGGCGGUCGCGGUGGCCGCGGCGGCUCGAACAUGUCAGGCCGGGAGAUGGCCGCGGCGCCUCCGCCCAAUCCCGGCAACGCGGUCCCAGCACUUACGACCGACGUGUUUCCGGCGCUACCCACGGGACCGACGAGCAAGAAGGAAACAGACAAGGCGGCCAGCAAGGCAUCUGGCGUCUUCGCCCUGUCGUCGCCGCCGGCAGCGGGCGGGAAAUGGGACGACGAGAUGGAGCUCAUGGACGCAGUCGGGAAAGAUACGUAA